AUGCAGGGUGCGGUCGCGUAUACGCAGACAAUGCAGGUCUCAGACCCACAACGACAGGCACAGCACGCAACAUAUCAGCCUUAUGGCGGCGGCAUGGCAUAUGGCAUGGCCCCGCCGCAGAUACCAUCACAAUCAACAGGUCCAGUAUAUGAGCAAGCAUCACAGUACAGACAACGGCCUAGUGGUGCAUCUGAGACACUCUCGGCCCAAUACGGAGUUCCACAAGCGGCGCAAUAUUACCUUGCAGGUCAAGCGGGUCCGACCAGCGCGCCUGCUCCCGAACUCAGUGCCCAGCAGGUGCCAGCGCAAUAUCAACAAGCUGGCUACCCGCAACCUGGUCCACCCGUGCCGCAGCCGUAUCCCAGUACCAUGACCGACCCUUCUCAGUCAGGAGCUUACGCGACAUAUGCUCAGCAAGCUCCUUAUGGCACGCAACAAGCGACUCCGUCUGUCGAUCAAGAGUUCAACACGUACCGGUCGCGUGUGCGGCAGAUCUUUGCUAUGGUCAGGGACGGUGCGCUGUACGAUGUUGGCCAACAUUUGAUGCAGAUCUCGCAGUAUUUGUUGGGCAAUGCGGAAGCACUUGGUCUCACGCGCGAUGAGGAUGCGGCGAUGCGCGACGAGCGACUGCAGCUAUGGGACGAAUUCAACAAAGUCUGGCUUGCAACGAUGCAGCGCCAGUUUGAUAUGGCGGAUGAGAUGUCACGCACCAACCAACCGAUCCAAGAGCCUCAGUCGAUCAUGAAUACUCAAAUGCUGGAACAGCUUUCUAGAGAACUCGUGAGGCUGUGCGAUAUCGUCGAGCCGAAGGGUCUGGUCGACUAUCAAAUGGGAGUGGCAGAGGAGGAGAUCGUGGAGCUUAUUUUACGGUGCUUGUCGCAGCUUGAGCCAGCAAGCGAUGGGGGCGGUGAAGCGACUCUUGCGGAGUCGUCGACUUCAGCGGCGUUAAGAGACCGAUGA